GCUUCUCUUGGUGGUCCUUACUGCGCUUCCAGCUUGGAUGAUCGCACAUUUCUAAGCAGUGGAAACACAAUGCGAUUGGUAUUCAAGAUGGACCAUUCUUUGUCUUUCUUCGGAUUUCAGGCCAACUUCACAUUUUUGCACAUUGACCAGCUAGACAAAGAUUGUGGAUGCAGGAGGAAUACAGUAUGUGUUGUACAGGGUUUUGAAAAGAUGUGCAUUGGCGGGUCCACGUGUAGCGUUGCUAGCUGCGCGAAUGGAGCCGUAUGUGUGAACAAUGGAAGUGUUGAUCAUUGCUACUGUACUGCAGGGUACACUGGAAACUUCUGCACUGAAAAGACAGGCUCUGCUGGACGCCUGAAAUUCAAACAAGAACUAAAGAGCAGGAAAGUCAUGAAAGGUGCACAGUUUGAAAGCCAUUGUCAGGUGGAAAAGCCUGUUUCAGGAGAUCGUGUCGUCUACUCUUGGUACCAUGAAGGAAACCUCAUUGGUGAUUAUCACAGCAAUAACAAGUUUGGAGAUUUGGGAGAGGGUACGCUAAUGAUAAAUAACUUUAAAGAACAGUUUGAAGGAAGAUACACGUGUGAAGCACGAGCGGGAAAUUCAACAACGGAACAAACAUUCACUCUCAAAAUGGUAGAGGAGUGCGUGUUAGACAUGAAAGGGCCAUCAGAUGACGAAGAGGAUGCUGGUAAAAUUGUCAUCUUAUCGUGUUCAGCAUUUGGAGCAACCGACAUUUGGUGGGAGAGAAGCUAUGAAAAAAUUGAUACAGAAUCAACUGGAAGCAAAUUCACUAAAAUGGACAACAAAUAUCUUCGCAUCGCUAACGUAUCAACACAAGACUCGGGUAUGUACACUUGUGUGGCCAAGGAUACCAGGCACUGUGAAAGCAGACGCAGUGGAACACUUACUAUACUAAACCGGGGACCAUAUGAACGAUAUUGUGGUAUUUCGGUAAAUGAUCAAGUUCGCAAAACCCAAGCUGCGGCUUACAUUUCUACGGGCCAAGAUGCGUCUAAAAAUGAAAACCCAUGGCAUGUCAGUUUAUUUAAGAACGGUGUUACGUUUUGUGGUGGGUCAUUGAUAUCUCAGAGGUUUGUAGUGACUGCAGCCCAUUGCAUAACCGACCUUAAAACAGAAGACGUUAGGAUCGCCUUUGGAAGUUUAAAUUGUACAGCUCCUGCAGAUUUAAUCCGAGGUACAAAAGCCAUCACUAUUCACCCUCGGUUCAACAAAACUGCAUUCUUCGACAGUGACAUUGCCUUGCUGGAACUCAACGAGGCUGUCCAGUAUUCUGACUCAGUGCGUCCAAUAUGUGUCCUAGAUUAUUCCAAGAUUGGCUCACUAAUGGCUCCCAGUCAUCCGAAUGGGAGAGUUUCUGGAUGCGGAAUGUUGGACGAAAAAGGCCAAAAACCAAAUGUUCUUCAGCAUAUUGUUAUGCCGUACACGGAUAGAAGCACAUGUGAGAAAGAUUUGGAAACAAUAGAAAAACAAAACUAUACCUUUACAGAGAACAUGUUUUGUGCAGGCCAGAAGAAACGUCGGGUUGGUGACGUUUGUAGGGGCGACAGUGGUGGUGGUUUCAUGAUGGAAUUAACAGGCAGGUUUCAGUGGGUGCUCGGUGGUAUUGUCUCCUUUGGGUUCAGGUGUGACGGUCCUGAACACUACUCAUAUUUUACCAACGCGGGCAAAUUCUACAACUGGAUCAACGGCAUUGCCAAAUUCACUGAUGAAAAAGUCAACCUUGACUUCCUGAAUGAGUGAUUGUAUGUUCAACAUUGAACAUAUAAUCUUGGUCUGAAAUUUGAUUGAUGGCCUUGUUUUUAUUAUACUUCCUGUAAAUAAAGUAACAUUGAAUUUCUCGGCUUGAAUGACACCUUGUUUUGCUAACUUGUCCAACAUUCGUCGAUAAAAACUUAUUGUUAUGCAUUCAUAUUAAUAAACUGCAUCAGUAAAAUGUGUUCAUUCGCAAACUUGAACCGACUCACGAAGUUAGCAAAACAAAACAAUAAUUGUUAUUUGCGUAUAAAUACAUAUUUAAGUGAUGUAAAUAUCCCAAAGUACAGAAUGGCUCUCUCUAGAUUAAGAGUCUCUGCACAUUAAAGUCGAAACGGGUAGAUGGCAAAAACCAAUAGCUAUUCCUUAUGAAGAAAGAAAAUGUACUUUAUGCAAUGUCUUAGAAGACGAAUACCACUUUGUUAUGGAGUGUAUAUACUGAUGUAAGAAAAGCUUAUUUAAAGCCAUGUUAUUACGUAAGACCAAAUAUGUUAAAGUUUAUAGAUUUGUUGACCUCUCAAAAUAGCAAUAUAGUUAAAAAUUUAGCUAUGUUUAUUUUUAAAGCAUGGAAAAUAAGAAAUACUUAUAAUACGUAUUAUGAUUAGGGUAGGACUUUUGUAUAUAUUUAUGCACAGCCUCUUGCUGUAUAUUGACUUAUAAAAUAUCCAAUACUUUGCUUUACAUUGUACCGAUGUAGUUUUGAUGUCUAUGAUUUGAAUGACAUGUGGCUCUGUGUUUUUGCUUAUUGUAUUAGAUAUUUCAUGUAUACUCAUGGGCAUAUUGCCUACUGUAUUAUCUAAUAAACUAAACUACAAUUA